AUGUAUCAGCUUCAGCUCGCUCGGGUACAUAUUCCUGUGCACCGUGCUGUCGUCGGGCAUGGCGCCGCCGCGCUCCGGCGCGGCGGCCUGGCGCGACCGACAGCACUAGAGCACAGCGGCGCCGGCUCUGUGGCGCACUGCCUGGCCGGCGGCUGCACGAGGGCGCAGGUCGGGAGCCUCCAUCACGGGGGUCAAUGCAAAGGUGUGUCAGCCAGAGCGCCGGGUCUUGCAGGAUCCUGCAGAGCCAGGGGUAAUGCCUAA